CUCCUUUCAGUGCUUUGUGAGUGGAAAGCACUACUGGACGCUUACGCCUGCUAUUUUGUGCGCUUGGACCGUUUACUUCUGCCCAAGGUAGUAGCUUGUCAGCCAGCUAUCCUAUAUAAACAGCAACUUCCGCAGAGUCAAUUGAUCAACCUCUUCUCCUCACUCCUCCCGACUGAUAUUCUUGACGAGUGCGAAUCCACGAGCAACAUUACCAUGCAUUUUCUUCAACCAUUCUACUUCCUAGCAGCAACUAUGGCUGCAUCUGUACAUGCGAAAACCGCUCCAGUUCCUCCAAAAAUAACUUUGCUCUACUCCCUUACGGCCGAGCUGGGCGAGCGAUUUUCUCUUGGACCCGUACCUACUGGCGAAGAACGAAUCGUCAUUCCCAUCGUGGGCGGAACGUUCAAGGGCCCUCGUAUCUCUGGCAAGGUUCUCAAUCUCGGAGCAGACUGGCGCCUUACAGAUGCAAAUGGCAAAUUCCGACCUGAUGCGCGAUACAACAUACAAACUGACGACGGCACGUACAUCUCUGUGAAGACCGAGGGACCAACUCUGGCCGAUGGGCGGACGCUGCUCCGCGCAUCAUUCGAAACUUCUACGAAUGGAACCUAUGCUUGGAUGAAUGAUGUUGUGGCUGUCGGGGUGCUCACCCGGAAUGGAACGAAGAGUGUGUUAAUCGACAUGUGGCAGAUCAGUCCA